ACAGGGAUCUGUUACAUCCACAGCGCCCAGCUUCCCCUGGGUUUUGGUACCAGGACCGCCCCUACCCAAUAACAUUUCCCGAGUAACGCCACGAGCACCUUCUGCACCCCUUAACACCUCCCGAGUAUCAAGCCUGUUGUCUCCACCACCCUCGGUGCCCGACACUCCGCGGGGCUCAAUACAAGAUCCUCCUGCCUCCAACAAUCCUUUCCAACUGCUGACCCAAGGACCUUCUAAACCUAAUAACUCUCGCCGAACAUCAGUACAAGGGUCCGCCCCGCUCACAGUGCCCAGCUCCCGCCGGGCAUCAGCUGAAAGAUCAGCUCCGCCCCUGGGCGCUCCCAGAGUAUCAGCAAAAGGGUUCGCCCCGCCCUCAGUGCCCGGCUACCCCCGGAUAUCAAAAGAAGGAUCGGCUCCGCCCCCGGGCUCCCCGGGGGAGUUGGUAGAAGGGUCCUUUCCACCCUUUGCGGUCCCCACUCCUGUGCCUACGACCCAGGACAGUAUCAACGGAAGCAUGACUAGCCAAGAGAAGGCGAGUGUAGCGGGCCACAUGUUCGACGUGGUCGUGAUCGGAGGUGGCAUUUCAGGUCUUUCUGCUGCCAAACUCUUAAAUGAAUAUGGAGUUAACGUUUUGGUCUUAGAAGCUCGGGACAGGGUUGGUGGAAGAACACACACUGUGAGGAACGAACAAGUUGAUUACGUAGAUGUUGGGGGGGCCUAUGUGGGGCCAACUCAGAACAGAAUAUUACGCUUGUCUAAGGAGCUGGGCAUCGAGACUUAUAAAGUGAAUGUCUGUGAGCGUCUCGUUCAAUAUGUCAAGGGGAAAACAUAUCCAUUUCGGGGGGCCUUCCCUCCGGUAUGGAACCCUAUUGCAUAUUUGGAUUAUAACAACUUGUGGAGAACUAUGGAUAACAUGGGAAAGGAGAUUCCAGCUGAGGCUCCCUGGGAGGCCCCACAUGCUAACGAAUGGGACAAAAUGACUAUGAAAGAGCUCAUUGAUAAAAUCUGCUGGACAGCGACUGCUAGGCGUUUUGCUUCUCUUUUUGUGAAUAUCAAUGUGACCUCUGAGCCCCACGAAGUGUCAGUUCUAUGGUUUUUAUGGUAUGUGAAGCAGUGCGGGGGCACCACUCGGAUAUUCUCUGUCACCAAUGGCGGCCAGGAACGGAAGUUUGUAGGUGGAUCUGGUCAAGUGAGCGAACGGAUAAUGGACCGCCUUGGGCACCGAGUGAAGCUGAACCGUCCUGUCACUCAUGUUGACCAGUCAAGUGACAAUGUCAUCAUAGAGACAUUGAACCAUGAACAUUAUGAGUGCAAAUACGUAAUUAGUGCGAUUCCCCCGACUUUGACGGCCAAAAUUCACUUCAGACCAGAGCUUCCACCAGAGAGGAACCAGUUAAUUCAGCGUCUUCCAAUGGGAGCUGUCAUUAAGUGCAUGAUGUAUUACAGGGAGGCUUUCUGGAAAAAGAAGGAUUAUUGUGGUUGUAUGAUCAUUGAGGAUGAACAGGCUCCAAUUUCAAUAACCUUGGAUGACACCAAGCCAGACGGCUCACUACCUGCCAUCAUGGGCUUCAUUCUUGCCCGGAAAGCUGAUCGACUUGCUAAGCUUCAUAAGGAAGUAAGGAAGAAGAAAAUCUGUGAGCUCUAUGCGAAAGUGCUAGGAUCCCAAGAAGCUUUAGAUCCAGUGCAUUAUGAAGAGAAGAACUGGUGUGAGGAGCAGUACUCUGGGGGCUGCUACACGGCCUAUUUUCCGCCUGGGAUCAUGACUCAGUAUGGAAGGGUGAUUCGUCAACCUGUGGAUAAGAUUUUUUUUGCUGGCACGGAGACUGCCACACAGUGGAGUGGCUACAUGGAAGGGGCAGUUGAGGCUGGAGAACGAGCAGCCAGGGAGGUUUUAAAUGCACUUGGGAAGGUGGCCAAGAAGGACAUCUGGGUAAAAGAACCUGAAUCAAAGGAUGUUCCAGCGGUGGAAAUCACCCACACCUUCUGGGAGAGAAACCUGCCAUCUGUUCCUGGCCUCAUGAAAAUAGUUGGAUUUACCGCUUCAGUAACUGCCUUAGGGUUUAUUAUGUACAAAUACAAGCUACUGCCACGGUUUUGAAGUUUCAUGCAUAUGCCUGCCCAACAGUUUUCAAUACCACCCAAUGGUGGUAUUGAAAAUAUUGAGAAGUUUAAAGGCUGUGUCAUUGGGCCGUUUUUAAGUGCACUCUGAUUAACUACCUUCGGCUUAGUUCCAAUCAUCAUUAAAGUAAAAACAACUCAAAGAAUCACCUAAUUAAUUUCAGUAAGAUCAAGCUCCAUCUCAUUUGUUUGUGUAAACCAACUCAUGUUAAUUGAUAGAAUAAGCCUUGUGAUCACUUAAAUUCAAAAAGUUAAAGGUGAUUUGCUCAUCAGAAACAAUUUCUGUGUCCUGUUUUUAUUCUCUUCAAUGCAAAAUGCCUGAUGAUUUCAGAAACAAAGCAUUUGACUUUCUCUCUGUAGAGGUGGAGUAGGUGAAGGCCCAGCUUGUGACUGUCCUUUUCCUUCCCUUAGGUGAUGGUGAAGUGUCAUUAUAGAGCCUAGAGGCUCACAGCCUCCUGGAGGAAGCAGCCUCCACUUUGGAUCAGGAAAUAGUAAAGGAAAGCAGUGUUGGGGGUAGCGGCAUGCAGACCCUCAGACCAGAAUGGGGACAUCUUUGUGGGCUGCUGCCUCAGGGAUCUCCUGACCACUUCUAAUUCCUCUGACUUUUCUAGACAUCUAGUCUCAGUGCUCACUUAUUUGUAUGUUUCUCCUCUUUAACUUCUUAUGGAGGAGAGUAUUUAACUGAGUGAGAAUGUUGAAACUGACUUGCUGUGACUUAUGUGCAGCUUUCCAGUUGAGUAGAGGCAAAUAAUGGCAGGACUGUCCCCCAGGACAUCUCCCCACUUAGCUCUGUGUGAGACCAACUGCAAUUGGCAUCUUCUCUUCCCCCUGGAAGGCAGCUAGACACCAGGUGAUCCUUGCCAGUUAUAAAAUUCUAUUUCAACUCCAGGAAAGCAGCAGUUUUCUUUUCUUCAGGUGCCCCCUGGCUGUCUGAAGGCCUCUAGGGACAUAUGUGUUUUUUUUUUUUUCUUUUUUUCCUACGUCCAUAGAGUUAGACAUACCCCUCAACUUACAUAUGUCUUCAACGUGGUUACCUCUGCAUAAAUAUUAGCGUAGCAUGCCAAUUUCUCUUAAAUAAGUACUGAAAUACACGUGAUAAAUUUGACUGUUAUUUGUUGAGACUGCCAAACAGAAAAGAAAUUAGGGCUCUAAUUUUCUUAAAGCAAGCUCACUUGCUUUAGUUGUUAAGUUUUAUAAAAGACAUUUAAUUGAGUCAUUUUAUACAUGAAGACUAAGUUCUCUAUCUUAGGAGUAAUGUCAGCCCAGAAGGGUGCCCACCUCUUGUUUUCCCAUAUUAAAAACUACGAUUUUUAAAGGCCCUUUCCCAAGGUUUCAACCAUAAAAUACUUCUUUUUAAAAUGUAUCAAUAUAUGUUUUAUUUAAGGGGAAUUAACAAUUGCCAGGGGAAACCAGCCAACCCAAGUUUAUUAUAUCAUUUAACCUUAUGAAUUUAAACCUAAGUUGCUGGACCCUGGUGUGAGCACAUAAAUCUUCCAAGUUUUGCCUAUCCCAAGAGCUGGAGUUUUCUGCUGUUCUUUACCUUGCAUUUCAGCUAAUUUAGGAGUUUUGAGAAUGUAUUGGAUGUGCUCCGUUACAUAAGGAGUUGCCACAUAUUCUAUCAAACUGCUUUGAGAAAUCUUUUCCCUAAUCUAUUGCAGUUGUUUCUAUUAACUUACUGAUUAACUCAGUCCUGACACACCUUUUGGGAAAUGCUGAUUUAAAUUCCUUAACUGGUAACAGUUUGAACAGUACUCAGUUUGCUAACAUAUUUAAGUUCUUGAAUGUUGAAGAAGUUAUAAGUAUGUGAUUUACCCUUUUCAACUUUUUGGAACACCAUUUGAUUUAUUCUAAUUAGAUUAACCCUAUUAAUCUACGGAUUGGGUAUCAGAAUGAAUUCCAGUCCAGAUGUGCCUAGGCAAGAAAUUGGAGCUGAGAACUCUCACCAUAUGUGAGUUCAUCCAACAUGAAGAUACCAUAAGCCUUGUCUCUGAACCAGAGAUAUGAAAGUCACUUUUAGAGGCUGACAGAUCUUGGCCCUGUUAAGGCAUCCACUUCACAGUUUUGAAGGCUGAGUCGGCCCCACUCCAUAGUUAGGCCAAGAAUUCGAUUUUAAAACUUUUGUCUGUCUGUCACAGUUAACUGUUAAAUAAGACCUCAUACUCCACUGAAGAGUAUGGAUUGAAGGAUUGUGAACAAUGUUUAGUCUGAUUGUGAACUUGGUGCCUAAUGUUCCAUGUCUGAAGUUUGCCCCAGUGCUACAUGUUGGGGUGUACCCAUGUGUGCUUUUCCACCGAAGUAAGAUUUUGCCUGUAUGGUUCUGUUUUGUUAAUAAAGUGUAGUACUAUCCCCA